CGCAGUUUUGACAACAGCCUAGCCCUGAGGUGGCUACACAGAUAAAUGUAUAAUUAUGCCGGCUAAUUCAGUAGUAACAAUCAAAUAUGGUCCAUAUGAGUCGUGUGGUAUUGUCGAGCACAGAACAUUUCGCCUGGACGGUUUACAAGCAGUCCUAAAAGGCGACGGCCACAGAUGUGUCCUCGAGAAAACGGAUGACUGGAAUAUAGUGGAGCUCAUUGUCAAUGGAGAGUGCGUUUACACGUGCAACAUUACUGACCUUGAGUUUGGGGGUGAUGGACGACUUGAUCCGCGGUGCCAGGAGGCCAUUAACGCGGUGAGGGACGCGUACUGAACGCCAUGUCUAUGUCCGUGUUUCAAAUGGAACACUAGCAUACUUUGUACUGAACACUACGCAGUAUAACGUCUGCUCUUUUUUUAUUUGUGUCUAUGAGUGAAAUAACAGCAGGCCUGUACUAUUCUUUAAAUAUAAGUGAACGGUAAACAAACGUACACUACCAGUCAAAAGUUUUUGAACAGUAACAUUUUUUAUGUUUUUUAAAGAAGUCUCUUCUGCUCACCAAGUCUGCAUUUAUUUGAUCCAACGUACAGCAAAACAGUAAAAUUUUGAAAUAUUUUUACUUUUUAAAAUAACUGUUUUCAAUUUUAAUAUAUUUUAAAACGUAGGAUUUAUUCCAGUGAUUUCGAACCUGCAUCAUUACUCCAGGCACAUGAUCCUUCAGAAAUCAUUCUAAUAUUCUGAUUUGCUGCUCAAAAACAUUUAUUGUUAUUAUUAUUAUUAUGUUGGAAACGGCUGAGUACAUUUUUUCAGGUUUCUUUGAUGAAUGGU